AUGGGACAGCUAGACUGGACCCAGAAGGUGUAUCGACUACGGAAGCUGCCGCACCAUAUCACAAGCGCAGAGGAAGCAGCAGAGCUUCUCAGCAAGGCGUUGGAUGUCCUCGCAGUCGACGCCGUUGUCUACUCGCUUGCAAACACGUGUAACCGACUCGAGUCACCACCAUCCAAGGUCGCGACCCUCCAGCUCAAGAGCAGCCCAAGAGGGGCACAAGGAGGGCUAAAGUGGAUACGCUAUAGCCGGUACGUCAACGCUUAA